GGUGUUUAUUGCCCGAUAUUCGCGAUCAUCGCGCACCUACCAUCAUAUGCAUCUCGUCAUCUGCUACAAAGAUAUGAUCGCUUACCACGCAAGAUCAUCGGCCACGCAUCGAAACAGAGUUUUGAGCGGCCGGGCCGACGGGUCGUGAAGGAUGUCGGCACCAUUGCAAGAUUGUAUCCAACCAGCUCGAGAAACGUCGCAUGGAAUAAAUCAGGCUAUAAGUCGACCACUAUAUAAAGUUGCACUCCAACUCUGCACCAGAAAACGUAGCAAUGUCUCGUCUUGAAACAGAUCUCCUGGACUCCUUGUCCGCUGAACUAUCUCAGCAAUUGAAGGAUCGCGUAGAUCGAGCUUUGCUCGAGUUUAUACGACCGAAUUCUGCGUCUCAGUUUGCGCAGGAAGCUCCCGAACUGGCUAAAUUCCGUGAGGCCAUUGCACAGAACGAUGCUAUAGAUGAUAGGGAAUUCCUACGCAUCUUCCGAGAAUUCGUACCCACCACAAACUACGAAGCUUACCGGCCAUUCAUAGCAAAGUUUUUUGUGACCCCUUGCAAGGAAGCCGACGUCAAGGACAUGUUCGCCCCAGGACUGCCCUACUUCCUCGCCAUGUCCAGUAUGACAUCUGGCAAAUCAGUAAAGAUAUUUCCAAAAUAUCGGCCUCCCGCAUACCUGUUGCAACAUCCUCUUUAUCUGGCGCUUCCUCCGUCAGUGGGAAUUACCUUAUCACCUUCUUCUCUGAGGUAUUCGCAAAUCUUAACAAUAGAUUGCGAGAACGGUCAGUCCAAGCAGGUAACAGUCUGCUCGUUGAGCAUCGGCUUUCUGCGAAUGGCAAUGAACUGGGAUGUCGAGCAUGACAACGAGAGGCUCGACUUAUGGCUGCCGGGACAAACAGAUCCAUAUGCGAUUUCCUUUGUCAAGAGCUAUCGGGCAUUCUUCGUUCUAAAUGCUCUGUUUGCACUGGCAGACCGUCGGUUGACAAUCAUUCGUUUCUUCUUCGCCAAUGUAUUCGUCACCUUUUUGCAGUAUAUAGAGGAUGAGUGGUCUCUACUCAUCGACUGCAUCGAGAAGGGUGUCAUCCCGGAUGUCGAAAACCUAGACAAUCUGCGAGAACCUUUGGAGAAAUUGUUCAAGCCAAAUCCUCUUCGUGCUGCCGAACUUCGGGAAAUAGGUCCUCCUGGAAUCCAGGGUUGGGCAGUGCGCGUAUGGCCUGACUUGACAAAGUUCGUUGGAAUCACUGGAGGUCCUGCUGCUGCCUCUGUUCCCAAGAUUACACACGCCCUCGGACCUUCUAUCCUCACCCAGUCUCCUGCUUAUGGCAGCUCAGAGGGUGGCGUCGCCAUAACAUACCACAAAGGCGACCCUAACACUGACUACAUGGUGGUGUUUGUGGAUGUUGUCACCGAGUUUCUGGACGUCCAUUCUAACGAGCCUUCGGAGCGCGUACUGUCUGUACAUGAACUUGAAGCUGGAGGACAUUACGAGCCCGUCUUGACGACUCGCAAUGGCUUGUGGAGAUACCGGCUUGGGGAUGUCGUCACCGUUAAAGGCUUCGCUCCAGAUGACGGAUUGCCUGUUAUCAGUUACCUUCACAGGCGAGAAGGCGGGAUUGUGAUGGCAUUUGGCACGACGUGCACUGAGUCGCAAUUGACGAAUGCGAUCGUUUCCGCUGCCAAUCGAUGGAUCGGCCAAAUUAUGGAUUUUACCAUUGUAUGCGACGACCGAGACACUCCCAUUACUUAUGGGUAUUUGGUUGAAAUUGGAGGAGUAAUAGGGAAUGACGCGAGAAUGGCGACGCAGCAAACCUUUGAACAUCUCGUGGCAAACAACGAGUUUCGCACUGCUUUCUGGCAAGGCCGAGCAAGAAAGCCAACUAUUCGUCUCUUGGAGAAAGGCACCUUUGCAGAAUAUCGCAGGCAGAAAUGCGAUAAAACGAACAUCUCGAUAUCGCAAGUGAAGGUUCCCGUCGUCCUAUCCGACCAAAAGUUUAGGGAAUGGUUCCUGGAAAGAGUUACAAUUGAACUGUAAGAGAGUCUGGUCGACAGUUGUUCAUCCCACGCAGUACAAAUAUCUCCAGCUUUGAUCGCUAGACCCUAUCUCGUUGAGGAGGGAAUGCAUGUAUGUUGAGACCGCGAUCGCAGCACUCACUACAUCGAUUGCAGACUUGAGUU